AUGCCGAGGAAUUUCGUGUUUCUUAUUUCCUUCGCAUAUACUCUCUCACGCCGCAGUAUAUAUUGUGCAGAGGUCGACGGUCGGUGUUCAAAAUUCGGAGGUGCUGAAAUACUGUUCGACUACCAUUCCACGGUUGACUUCGGCAUAAACCACGAGUUUAAAAGACUAUCUAUGGAGAAUCCAUGGCGCGGUAGAGGUCGGGCUCGUGGGCCAAGACCUCCUACUUAUCAUCAAAUACGACCACAAGAUCCAAGACUUCGACCAAAUCAACAACAAGUUGAUAAUAUGCCACCUCGAUUUGUUCGACGACCAGAAAUUAGACUACCAAGAGUUGAAGAGAUUGGACAAGUAGCAAAUGCAAAUAGAAUCAAUAAUUUGGAAAGAGGAUAUGCGCCAAUGAUAAAUAAUAAAGCUGCAGUUCAAGAUUGUCAACCUAUAGAAAAUCAGUAUUUUAGGUUGGCAAGACCAGCAUCUUCAACAACCGAAAGUGGAAAACAAGGGUCCAUAGGUAAACCUAUUGAGUUAAUAGCAAAUUAUUUUCCAAUAACAACUUACACAGACUGGAGUUUAUACCAGUAUAGAGUUGAUUUUAACCCAGAACAAGAAAGAAUAAACAUUAAAAGAGGGCUAUUGAGCGCACACAAAGAGUUUUUGGGGGCAUAUAUUUUUGAUGGAACAAUGUUGUUUAGUAGAAAAAAUUUUCAACGUGAUACUGUAGAGCUGACAUCAAAACGAAACACAGAUGGCCAAUUAGUAAUUAUGACUAUAAAAUUUACUGCAGUCGUUGAAAAGGGUGAUCAUACUUGUAUCCAAAUUUUUAAUAUAUUGAUGCGUAAAAGCCUUGGUAAUUUGAAAUUGACACUAGUUGGAAGAAAUUACUAUGACAAAGAAGCAAAAACUAAUCUUCCAAAUCAUAAACUUGAACUUUGGCCAGGUUAUGAUACUACAAUUGGAGUUUUUGAUUAUGGUCUAUUAUUGCGGUCGGAAAUCAAAACUAAAAUAAUGAGAGAAGACACCGUUCUAGAUUUGUUAAUAGAAUGCUCAAAAAAUAAAAGCAGAGACUCUGAUUGGAUGAUGACUUUUAAAUUAGCCGUUUUAGGAAGUAUAGUUCUAACUAGAUAUAAUAACAAGACAUAUCGAAUCGAUGAUAUUGAUGAGGAGUCAAGUACUCGAUCAACAUUUCUUAAAAAAGACGGAUCAAAGAUAUCAUUUAUAGACUAUUACAAAGAAAGAUAUGGAAUAACUAUUAGCAAUCAAAAACAACCAAUGUUGAUAUCAAAAAAGAAAAAAUCUUUUAAUUGCGUGGAAACAGAGUUGGUGUACUUAGUCCCUGAGUUAUGUACUUUGACUGGAAUAACUAAUAAAAUGCGUGAGAAUAGAUAUCUCAUGCAGGAUAUAGCACAGCAUACAAGAGUGGAUCCCAAUGGAAGAAUCGUCAUGUAUAAUAAUUUUAUUAAACGGGUUCUUACUACGCCCAAGUCUUCAGAUUUAUUAAAAGAGUGGAAUUUAACAUUGAGUAAUGCACUCGUUACAAUUCAUGGUCGUGUAUUGCCACAAGAAAAUCUUUACGGUGAUAAUCACAAAUAUCCAGCUGGUUAUAACAAUAAUUGGUCAUCAAAAUUACGUUCUUUACCCAUGUAUAAUAUGAUUAAAAUACCAUGUUGGGCUAUAGUAACUCCGUAUAUGUGGAGUUCUGAUGUUGGGCGAUUUGCGAAUAGUCUAGUUAAAAUAGCAAAUAACUUGGGUUUUCCAUUACAAAGACCGAGAAUAGUUGAAAUUGAGGAUAUACAUAUAAGAACGUAUUCAAUUCAUUUGGAUCGCACAAUACAUGAAUUAAAUCCAUCAUUUAUUUUAUGCGUCGUUGCAUCAUCUCGUAAUGAUCUUUACAAUAUGAUUAAAAGAAAGCUAUGUAUUACGAGAGCAGUUCCAUCUCAAGUUGUGCUGUUGAAAAAUGUACAAAACGAGAAAACUCGUAUGUCAGUUUGUACCAAAAUUGCCAUACAAAUUAAUUGUAAACUAGGAGGAGCGCCAUGGCGUGUUGUUAUCCCUGAACCGAAUAUGAUGAUAGUUGGUUUUGACGUUUUCCAUGAUACAAAAAGUGGAAAAAAAUCUUAUGGUGCAUUAAUAGCUACAAUGAAUGACAGUCACACUUCUUUUUUCAGCUGUGUUGAUAAACAUGAAAGUGGCCAGGAACUUUCAACACAUUUUGGAACUAGUAUACAUAAGGCUCUAACUAAAUAUAGAGAGAAAAAUAAUAAACUUCCUAAUACUAUUGUCAUAUACAGAGAUGGUGUGGGAGAUGGAAACUUAUCAUAUGUUCAUAAAGUUGAAGUCGACAUGGUAAAGAAAACUUGUAAAGAAUUGUACGGGGAUAAAAAAUUUGGUUUGGCCUUUAUUAUAGUUAAAAAACGUAUCGGUGCAAGAUUUUUUUUAAACACUAAAGAAGAAAGAGAACAUUAUCAAAAUCCACCAGUUGGAACAAUUGUUGAUAGUGGUAUCACUGACCCAACUAUGUAUGAUUUCUAUCUGGUGUCUCAGCAUGUAACCAUGGGUACAGUGACCCCAACUCACUAUAAUGUAAUUGUGGAUACUCUCAAUGAAACUGCUACUAAGCCAAUUACACCCAAUGUUAUGCAACAACUGACUUAUAAAUUAACUCACAUGUACUACAAUUGGACGGGCACUGUAAGAGUUCCUGCUCUAUGUCAACUGGCACACAAAUUAGCUUAUUUGGCUGGACAGUCACUUCAAAGUAAUCCAAAUUCUGGUUUGGAAGAUUCGCUGUACUUUUUAUAAGUUUUUUCACUGGCCACUAGAUAUAGACUUAAAUCUAACACAUAUCAAAUUUGAAUAUGUUUUAUUUUCACUUUUUACUUAUUUUAAAUAUAACUUUUUUUUAUAUGUAUUUAAUAACAUAUCACUUAAUAUUAUGUAAGUUUUAUUUAACUAAUGCGGUUUGCUUGAACCUUUUACAAUAAAUCUUUUCCUCAGUUUAAAUAAAUAAUUCUAUAUUAUGCAUAUUUAUUCUGUGAUAACAUUUUAAACCUGAUAUCAUUAAAAUACUUGAAAUGUCUACAUAGCUACUAACAUGUUAGAAGUGUUAGGUUCAUCCUCGAGUUGAUAUUGAAUUUAUAAUGUGUGGAGUGAAAUUGGAGAUAAUACACUACCUUGAAACACCAGAUUUUGCCAGUGACAUUUGUCAAGGAAGCGCAUAGUGCAAAUUAUAGACAAAUAAAUAUCAUAUUGAUUUUUCUGUU